UACGAAGUGGGACGGGUGGGGCGGAUAAACCUAAAAUCCACCCCGCCUCAUCACCCAUGGCGGGUAUGGUUUUUAUCUCCAUCCCCGCCCCAUCACCCGCCAAACCAAGAUUCAUCCCCGCCCCAACGCAGCUCUCUUAUUUGACCCGCCCCAACGCGGGUCUCUUAUUUGACCCGCCCCACUGACAUCCCUAGAUAUGUGCUUUAUAAGUGGGUAAAAGACACUUGUAAUUUGAAAAAACAAAAAAAAAAAAAAAAAAAAAAGGUAGAGAAACAGAGUGUAAUUGGAUAGAGUUGACAUAUUUUGACUCAUAUAGUAUAAGCUACUCCGUAUAAAAUUAAAUGCUUGUUGUUACUUUAUUUUUCUUAAAUAAAUAAAUAAAUAUCUGGACUAAUAGAUUUAGAAUACUUUUUUUUAUUUUUAACUAGUAGAUAUACAAACCAACAGAGUUGUUUUUUUUUUUUUUUAAGGAACAUACCAACAUAGUAUGACUAUGGGCCGUUACUGUUAACUUAGUGAAGUAUAACUUGAGGUUCAGGUUCAAUGCAUAAUAAUUCAUUGAGGCUCAGGUUCAAGGCAUAAUUACUUAAGUGGGGUCCAGAAAAGCUGUGAUGCAUUUAUAAAUCUAUGUGGUCAUUAGUUCUUCUUAUUAACCACAACUAAUUAUUUGCGGUUGAGGUUCACGUUGAAGUUGAUAGUUGUGAUAAUUUCUUGAUGGAAUCUUAAAGCUGCAACUACUGAGUAGUAUUUAUCUUCUCUCUUUGUUCCUUUAUUUCCCAGUUUAUAUUUCUGUAGUUUGAAAUUAAAAUUAAAAGAGGUGGUUUUUGGUGUUCUUGUUGAAGCUAAGGAAAUGAUAACUUGCGGAGAAGUAGAUUCUAAAGGUCACUUGGAAUUGAGGGAGGAUCCAGAGGCAUGGAUUAAAAAUAACCCUCCUUCUCGUCUAGCCUUGCGUUGUUAUGAAAAGGAAGAGGUAGGAGAAUCAAUAGGUGAGCUCACACAGCUCAUCCGCCUGGAAUUCUUGUACUGUGAUUCCCUGAAAUGUGUGUCUAACACCAUCACUAGGCUUCACAAAUUGGAGCACUUGCAAUUUUAUAAGUGUUAUUGUUUGGAAGAAUUGCCGGCAAAUAUAGGGCAGUUGGUGAGCCUUACUCAUCUCAAGCUUGAUUAUUGCGAGAACAUAAAGUUCCUUCCUGAUAGCAUUGUAAAUCUAUCCAAUUUGACUUAUUUAACUCUCUCUUCCUGUGAUUCCCUUGUUGAAUUGCCGGCAAAUAUAGGGCAGUUGGUGAGCCUUACCCAUCUCAAACUUAAAUAUUGCAAGAACAUAAAGUCACUUCCUUUGAGCAUUGCAAAUCUAUCCAAUUUGACAUCUUUAUCUCUCUUUUCCUGUGAGUCCCUGGUUGAAUUGCCGGCAAAUUUGGAUGGGUUGGCCCAUUUAUGUCUUCUUGAUAUUCAAUCAUCCAAAAUCAAGUGUCUUCCUUGGAGCAUCACGAAGCUACGCAAACUCCGACAUCUAAUGUUGCCCGAACAUUUCAGACUCGAAACGUUGCCAUAUGACUUGAAUCAUUCGGUCAUCAUUUCUGUUAAAGAUAGGCAUGUUCGCAAAUCCUGGGAGGAACUUAAAACAGAGAUAGGAGAAUUGCCCAUUCCUUUUGGUGGAGAAAUAAGAAAUGAUGCAGCUCAAAAUCCCUAUCAUAUCUCCUCCUGGUUAUCUCCGAUUGAAGGAGGAUGA